AUGAAAUGGGAUAUGCAGAUGGAAGAAAUCGAAGCCAUUCUCGAAAAAAUUUGGGACCUUCACGACAAGCUCAGCGACGCAAUUCACUUGGUUUCCAGAUCCCACUUUCUCACUUCCCUCAAAACCCUCAAAAACUCUUCGCCGCUUCCCAAUUCCACCGCUAACCCCGCUGCUGACACCUCGGGUUUCGUCUUCGUUAAGGACUCCGCCGCCGACGACGACUCCGCCGUUCGUGAAGCCAAGAGUCUCAACGCUAUACGGACCGCACUCGAGAACCUCGAAGACCAGCUCGAGUUCUUUCAU